AUGACAGUUUCAACAAUUCCAAUUCCUCAAAUUAUUAAAAUUGGUGUAUUAAUUGGUGCUAAAGGAUGUAAUCUCAAACCCAUUGCCGAAGAUACCGUUAACGAAGCAAGAGUUCAAUUAAAUAAUCUAAUAAAUAAAUUAUUGAAACGUUCAAAUCAUUCGAUCGAAUUUGAUGAACCUUAUGAAAAAUAUAUCAAAAA